AUGAGAUUCUUCAAUAUUAUGAUGUCAGGCACAGUUUUGAUGAGCUCCAUGGCUUCUGCCGGGUUCUUUGUCCAAUUGAAGACGCCAGCAACCCUCGAGAAGCUCUUAGCACAGGACGACUCACUCAAAGCAAGCUCUCAUGUCCGGCCAUUCAUCCAGAAGGUGUUUUCUUUUGGCGAUUUUGAAGGGUUUUCAGGAAACUUCUCUAAACUGAUGGUGAGAAGGUUGAUCAAGAACGAUUUGGUCAAGAACAUCGUCAGAGAUACAACAGUCAAUGUGUUUGGUACAAUUUCCCACGAUUAUAGAGAAGUCUCUGAUACUGAGCUCACCACCUUCCAGGCAGACCCCUGGGAUGGUUUUGGAACCCAGACAAUGGCUCCUAGGCAUUUGGCCUCGCUUUCAAGACAAGGCUCACUUCCUUUCAACGAGACUGUCAACUACUAUUACGACCCAAAGCACCAAGGACAGGACGUCACAGUGUACGUCAUCGACACUGGGGUCUUCAAAGACCACCCAGAGUUUGGUGGUCGGGUCUUGGAACAGAAAACGUUUGUUGGUGGAGACGUUGGUGAUAAUAACGGGCAUGGAACGCACGUUGCUGGUGUUGUUGCUUCAAGGACAUUUGGUGUUGCUAAGAAGGCAAACAUCGUGGAUCUCAAAGUCUUGGACCCUAGAGGGUCUGGUUCACUCACAAACGUCUUGGCUGCCAUUGAAUAUGCCUGUAAGAGGAGGGCUGAGAGCAAUACUAAAGGUAUUAUAAACCUUUCUCUUGGUUCGCUCAAGAACAAUGUAUUGAAUGCAGCUAUUGAAGCAGCAUCACACAGUGGGAUGGUUAUCGUUGCAGCUGCUGGCAACUUUGCAAGUGAUUCUUGCCGUGCUAGUCCUGCGAGUGCAGAAGGUGUCAUCUCAGUUGGUGCCUUUGACGACAAGACAGAUGAGAUGGCAUCCUUCACAAACCAUGGGCCUUGCAUCGACGUCCUCGCCAGUGGUGUUGACGUGUUCAGUGUUAGCCAUAAUGAACUUGAAAUCCCCGCAGUUAUGAGUGGUACCUCGAUGAGUGCUCCAGCUAUCUCUGGGCUCGCUGCGGUGUUGCUAAGCCAAGGUGUUGAGCCUCGUGAGAUCAAGGGGAAGCUCAUCGAGUACAGCAGAUGUAACAGGAUCAAAAAUACCAUCCACAAGACUCCAAACAGAGCUGCUUUCAACGGUGUCAAUCGAGACGACGAUGAGUAUCCGCAGUCUUCUAUGUACAACCCUAGUAUUCAUGGAAUACAAGCUCAGCCGGUAUAUUCGAAGGUUGAAGGGCAAUCGCAAGACAACAUGAGCAGUGACACUGUAUUUGCAGCAUCAGAAGAUUCCGACUCUGAUAGGGAUGAUAUUCCACAAGAGUUUGAUGUUCCAGAUGGUCAGUACUUAUACCGUAGAGAGCAGCCAGCUGGCUCUAGCAGCAAGUUGAUCUGGGUUUAG